AUGCAGAAAAUGAUAGAACAAGAAUUAUUGCAACAAGCAACCGAUAAAUGGGCAGAGAUUAAAAAUAAGGAUCCAAAUGAGCUCAUAAAAUCAUUAGAUAUUAUAUCUGAAUUGCUUUUACAUCCUAAAUUAACUUUAAAAAUUGCUGAAUCACUCAGACCAAUUCUAAUUGAUUUAGUUUCACGCUGGUCAUUACAACUAAAUAUUGAUAAUUACAAUAACACUAAAAGCAACCAAUUAUUUUCAAAUAAAGAAUACUUUUUGAGAAUUGAAAAGGUUGCUCUUGCUUUUACUCAAUUAUUACCAAUAACUCCCCAACUGUUGAGUAUUGCUAUUUCUUUUUUUUCUACAUCACCUUCCUUACUAGAAAGGUUGAAUUAUUUACAUGAGGAGAAUUCUUCAUCAAUAAAAGAUCUACAAUUAUUAUUAGUGACAAUAUAUCGACUUUUAAAGUUUUCCGUUAGUAGUUUUGUUCACCUGUGGAAUUGGACUCCGCUUUUUCAACUAUUAUUGCAUUCUGAUAACACUAUUCGUUACCUGACUAUUUUAUGUUUAAGUAUUGUUUAUAAUAUGAGUGUUACUCAACAAGAGAUUGCAUUAGAAUAUUGGACAUGUUCUUCUAAAUCCCAUCACAUCAUCAAUUACUUGGAAUUGGAAAAUGGUGAAAUCAUAGAUGUUAGAAUGUUGAGAUUAUUUGAUGAGAUUUCUAAUGCUAAAAAGCAACAUUCUCUGCUACUCGAUUGUGAAAAUAAUAAUAAUAAUGUAUUUUCAAUAUCAUCAAGUUACUUGAAUAAUUCUGAUUUAUCUCCAGCUACCAUCAAUAUUUGUGACACAACAAAACUUAAUCUACAUUCAAUAUGUUUAGCACUUUCUAUGAAUUCGCCAAUUUUACUUGAAGGAGUAACCGGAUCUGGUAAAACUACUUUGGUCGAAGAGCUUGCAUAUUUAACUGGACAUGGUGAAGAUCUUAUAAAAAUACAUUUAGGCGAUCAAACUGAUUCAAAAGUCCUGCUAGGGACUUAUGUUUCUACUUCAACGCCUGCUUCAUUCCGCUGGCAACCUGGAGUUCUAACUACUGCUGUAUCUAAAGGUCGUUGGGUUUUAAUCGAAGAUAUUGAUUUUGCUCCAAAUGAUGUCAUUUCUGUUAUAUUACCUCUGCUUGAAACAAGGCAACUUUUUAUUCCCAAUAGAGGUGAAAAAAUAAAGGCUCAUCCAAAUUUUCAUUUAUUUGCUACUAAAAGUCAGAUUCCUGUUGGAAUGAAAAAAUCUUCAAAUUCUAUCAAUUCAAAUAUUGAAACUAACUUGUGGACAAGAAUUACCAUAAAUCCUUUAACUUCAAAUGAACUCAAAUACGUUAUAAAGAAUCAAUUUUUUAAAAAUCUUGACAAUCAAAAUAUUAUCGAAAUUCUUCAUUCUUUAAUAACCUAUUAUCAAAACUCAUCACCAGCAUCACCAAUAAUAUCACAAACGGAUACAUCUGAUCUUCAAGCGGAAUCACCGCCACCACCGCCACCAAAAUUGAUCUCAUUCACUUCAAAUUUUGCUCGAUAUAUUUCUAUCCGUGACCUGAUGAAAUGGUGUCGUAGGAGUGAGCUACUUUUGAGAUCAAAAACCAUUUUUUCAACCAACCAACCAAUCUCAUAUACGCAUUAUGACAUCAAUGACAUUAGAAAUGAUUUAUUCAGUGAGGCUGCUGAUUGUUUUUGCGCCAUGAUUUCUGAUUUUGAUGCUUGGAUAAAUUCUUUACUGAAACUUGGCGAUGUGUUGGGUAUUACUGCAGAAAGAGUACAUUAUUAUGUGAACUCUUAUGUUCCCAAUCUUUAUAUUACCAAUGACCAUAUCAUAAUAGGGAGAGCCAAAUUAAUUUCUCUGGAUAGCAAAAAGGAAAAAUAUUUAAAAUAUGCUAUCAACCAUAAAAAUAUUUUUGCUAAUACUGGACAUUCUUUAAGAUUAAUGGAACAAAUAGCUGUUUGUGUAAAUUUAAAAGAACCAGUAUUGCUGGUUGGUGAAACUGGCACCGGAAAAACUACUGUUAUUCAGCAUUUGGCUGAUAUGCUUAAUCAAAAUCUUGUUGUAGUUAACUUAUCUCAACAGACAGACAGUAGUGAUUUGCUUGGUGGCUUCAAACCUGUCGAUGUGAAAAUUCUUGCCAUACCAUUAAAAGAUGAAUUUGACAAGUUGUUUGAGAAAACCUUUUCGAUUAAAAGGAAUCCGCAUUUUUUAGAAGCUGUACGUAAA